AUGGAAGCAAGUAAUUGGGGAAUGACAUCAUAUCUUAGGCAAUUAUUUGCUAUGCUACUUUUAUCAAAUUCAAUAUCACUGCCAGAAAGAGUUUGGCAAGCAACAUGGCAUUUACUAUCAGAAGAUAUCCUUCAUGAAGAAAGAACAAUAUUGGAUCGCCCAGAAGUUGAGCUAACAAAUCAUGAAUUGAAAAAUCAUUGUUUGCAAAAGCUUGAAGUUUUUUUGAAAGGUUGUGGAAGAAGUUUUCAGGAUUUUCCAACAAUGCCAAGGCUUGUUUAUAAUAUGGAAGAAGUUGACAACAAUGAGCAAAAGUCAGUUUAUGAAAAAAUAAUAAGAGCUGUGAAUGAAGACAAGGGUGGAUUUUUCUUUUUAUAUGGUUUUGGAGGAACAUGCAAGACUUUUAUUUGGAGAACUUUGUCUUCUGCCAUAAGAUCUAGAGGAGAUAUUGAGUUAACUGUUGCAUCUAGCGGGAUUGCAUCUCUGUUGUUACCAGGUGGUCGAACAGCUCAUUCAAGAUUUGUGAUUCCUCUAAAUCUAACUGAAGAUUCAACAUGUAAUAUUAAGCAAGGUACUCCUUUAGCAAAUUUAAUUGUCAAGGCAAAGUUGAUUAUUUGGGAUGAGGCACCCAUGAUGCAUAAAUAUUGUUUUGAAGCUCUUGAUAAAACUUUAAGAGAUAUUCUUAGGUUUAAAGAUGUAUCCAAUUUAGACUGCCCAUUUAGAGGUAAAACAAUUGUUCUUGGUGGUGAAUUCAGACAAAUAUUACCUGUCAUUCGAAAAGGCACUAGGCAAGAUAUUGUUAAUGCAUCUCUCAAUUCUUCUUAUUUGUGGCCACACUGUCAGCUCUUAAAGGUAACAAAGAAUAUGAGAUUGCAAGGUAAUGAAACAGGGACGCAUUUAGAUGAGUUGAGAGUUUUUUCAGAUUGGAUUUUGGGAAUUGGCGACGGUAUGGUUGGUACUUCUGUUGAUAGCUAUGAAAAAGUCCAAAUACCAAAUGAUCUUUUGAUAAAACAGUCUGAUGAUCCAAUAUCUGCAAUUGUAGAAAGUACAUAUCCCGAUUUUAACAGUCGUUGCAGUGAUAUAGGAUUCCUCCAGCAAAGAGCCAUUCUUGCUCUAACUCUUGAUAUGGUGGAAUCAAUCAACGAAUAUCUGAUUUCGCUUAAUGAAAGUUCUGAGAAAUCAUAUUUGAGUUCCGAUACAAUCUGCAGCUCUGACCAUACUUAUUCAACAUUGGAACAUGUACACACACCAGAAUUCUUAAAUACUAUUAAAUGUUCAGGAGUUCCAAAUCACGCUUACUCUAAAGGUUGGUAUUCCGGUAAUGUUAUUAAGAAAUAUUGA